AUGCCAGAAUGCUCCGCUCUACGGCCAAAAGAAAAGGAAAACAAUCUAAUGCGAUGGGGUGAUUUCACCGAGCAGCAGACCUGCAUGGGUCGAAAGUUCCGAGCGCACAAGUCGGCUGAUUUCCGUCAGUGCCCGAACAAUGAGAUCUCAUGCGGCCUCAUCGACCAUAUGGCAAGGGAUGGGAAGACGUGA